AACACACACACAGACACGCAAACGCGGCAUACGGCACACACAAUCGAUAGCGGCGGCGUGCGCGAGAACCGUCUGACGAAGAUGACGGAACGAUAGACCUUUGCGGCCGGCAAACACACGGCGCAACAGACCUACCUCAACGGCGAUUGUACCUAGUCCCAAAAGAUCCUGUUUGACUUGGACAAUGGAUGAAAGCAAUACCUAGAAAAGACUUUGAAAUUAAACCAAAACAAGUUGUUUGUGAGCUGCAUUUUCACAAAACACACAUAAUUCGAAAAAAAAUUCACACAGAUAUACAUGGAAAAAUUUUAAAAGAGGCUACUAUUGCUACUGCCUACUACACGGGUGAACUCACUACUAGCGCUAAGCGGCAAUUUCGUCAUGAUACACGACAUUAAGAAUACAUUCAUCCUUAUCAGUGGCCAGUCCUUACUAUUAUAUGUUCGUGGAUAUAUCUAUAUCUGUGAUGAUAACUGAGACGUCUUAUCAGUUUAUCAGUGCAAGCGCGGAUGGCCCGCGCGAUAAUUGAUGAUAAACUAAUAUUGAGAUUUUGUACUAUAAAACGUUAUGUACUUAAAUUAGACUUUGUUGAUUUUUAAAAUAUCCACUGCUGUAAGUGAAAUAAUGUCCAUCGUAGAUCUUUUCGGCUUUCAACGCUUCUCGUUAUAUGCACAAUGCGAGUGUGUUGUCUCCGAGUGUUCGUCGACGGUAAUCUGUGGGACUGCCUGCUUAUAGUGAAACACAACCGGAAAUAUGUCCUGUACACGACUGUUGACCAGCUGCCGUUCAGCAUGUCGGCUGAACUGUGCUCGCUAGGUCUGAAUGGUGCCCUGGAUCUCAUGCCUGCGGUAAUGGACGCCAAUUGUCUAGAGUGCGUCAUCAAGGCAUUGCAGAACAGCAAUACACUCAAACGAUUGGUCAUGAGACAGAUGAAUAGCGUUGCGUCGGUAGACAACAACAACAUUGUGGUUGGCUUCAACGACGUUCAACUAGUUACACCGGACAAAUAUAGACUGCCUUACACAUGGUGCGAACUAUAUGAAAAAACUGAUACUGAAUACAGAGAGCUUGAAAACAUAAUGGCUUGGUUAUCAACUCUAGGUGGAGCUUUCUCGUCAUUGGGAGAUCAGACAGAACACUGUGCAAUUGUUGCAGGAAAUAUUUCAUUGCAACAAUUAAGUAUAGCAAUAAGAAUUGGUGAUCCUUUGACUGCUGCCCGAUGUAAACUGUAUGCUGCUAUUAGUCUCAUGCAGCGUGGUUUUUAUAGGCAAGCAAAAAUCAUUGUUCAGAAUCAAUACAUGUUUAUAAAAUCUCAAUUAGUUGUCGAUGAGCGACUUAUCAAAAUGUGUUGUGGUAUAUGGACAAAAUUGCGAUAUGAAUGGAAUCGAAAAAAAUAUCUUAAAAAAAAAUUGUAGUAUAUUUUUACAUCAAAUCAUAAAAGAUAACUGAAUUAAAUUAAAGAGAAAUAUUUAUAUUAU